CGAUCCUAUGGGGAGGCCUAUUGGAAAGCAGAUGCCUACCUUGUCUAUGCUUAAAGUAGCAAAACUCUCCCGCAGUCUCGAUCGGAUCUUCGUUUGAUACUCCUCCUUCUAUUCGUGCUUUUGCUUAGUUCCCGUAUUACGUGCAGAUACAAGUGCCUAUUUGCUCGUGCAUCAGUCCACUUACAUCUCGACAAUUUUAAGUUAUCAAAUUAUCAUUGCUUGGCUGCACGAAAGCCCGUACUACUAAAUCACCGCGAAUAAACACGAAUCGUUUUCCUGGGCCCUAUACGGGCUUUGGAUAGUGUACGCCUUUUCGAUGCCAACUGAGUAUAUCAGAGUUCGUUCCGGCCAUGUUCCUGAGAUCGUCCGGUCCAACUCAUUCUCAUAUCGACACCACCACCAUCACCGACGCUCUAGAUGCCACGAUGAUUGUUGUGGAGUCUCUUGGACAGACUACAAUAAUUUACUGGAGCAAAACCGCAAGUUCAGCCAACAAAACGAAGAACUUUCACAAGAGAAGGAUACCUUGAAGGCGGACCUGAAUAGGGCUACUCAAGCCAAUAAAGCAUGGUCCGAGGAUGCCGUACGUUGGAAUGAAGUCAACGGACGACUUUCCGGAGAAGUUGAACGAUUAUCAGGAGAAAUACACAUUCUUCAAGACGAGCUUGCCCGAUGCAGGCGCUCAUGGUCUCCAGCUGACGACCACCAGAUCCACGGAUUCAAGAGGCGGAUCAAAGCACUUGAACACGAACUCAGAGAUCAGGAGAAAACCUUCAGCGCAGAAAUUCGCGGUCUUAAGGAGGAUGUCAAGAAGUCCAAUGAUGUUGCUAGCCAGUGGAAACGCAAAUACGACGAGUUGAAACGUCUCUACGAUAGCAUCAGAGACAGCACUCGGCGACAGAUCUUUGAACGUGAUGCACAGCUUGAAAGAAGGGGUGAGAUUAUCCAAGAGCAAUCGCAUACAAUUCGUCGCUUAAAGGAUUUGUUGGAGAGGUACCGAGGCUGGUAAACGAAGUUUUGCCAUUCGAGCUUUACUGGUGUUCAUGGAAUCAUUUCAUGUUUGGGGCGGGUCAUGAAUUUCCAGAAGGGCAUUGAAGUACUUCGUGAGAUUCCUUACGACCAAACUUUUGCGGUCUUAUUUCACGAUCAUGAUUAUGGGGGGCAGCAUGAGGAACUGUGAUGAGGUCAGCUGAAUGCUCGACCCAUCAUCACAUCGAUAUAUUUACGACAUGAAC